AUGGCGCACCCAAAUGAAACGAGCUCUGAGGCGGCCGGUCGUGUUACUGCUGAAGAUCGAGACAUGGGAAUUCGAGUAGUAUCGGCGAAAACGAGACAAGCUUUCCAUGAUCUACUAGACUCGGCCACGGUUCUGUCGGGCGACCAGGGUAUAAGGGCUAUCCUAGACAACGUCGAGAGAAUCCCGUCUUUGGAAGACCAGAUCAAGCAGAAUGACGAAUCGUCAAGGACUCACGAGAAAACUCGUCAGCAGGCCCUGCACGACUACAAUAGCGAUAGAGAUACAUGGAUGCUGGAAAAGCAGCAAUUAAUUGAAAGCUGCGCACUUCAACGCAAUGAACUUGCCUCGAUGGAUGAGGUGACACGAUCUCUCAAGAACGAAAAAGCCAGCUGGGCAAGCGAAGUGCAGACACUGAAGGAGAAUGAAGGAAAGCAGAAUCUGGACGUGGAAAACAGGCAAAAGCAGAUACAAGGUCUGGUUAAAGCAAUCGAGACUGCACGACAGGACAUUUCGGUUCUAAAGAGCACUCUCGCUUCGUGUGAGUCUAGGACCAAGGAGGUCGAACAUGAGCACAGCGAGUUACAGAAGAUUCAUACAAGGGCAAGAAAAGAGGCAGAUGCUGCCACACAGCAGCUGCAGGAAACAACAAGACUCUUCGUUCCACUAUCAGAAGAUCUCGCACCAUCGAUGCCGAUGCCCAAAAGCAACACUGACGCCGGAAAGCAUAUGCGUUGCGUUGCAAUCUUGGGCAGCCUGGCACGUGGCUUCACGGACAGCUUAUUCCAGCCGACAUACCUCCUGCCCGAGAAUAGCGGCAUCCGUGAUAUGCUACUUCGGCAAGCGAAUGCGGAUCCGGAGAGAGAGUCCACAUUGCGCGCACUCCUGCAAGCAUCGCUUCCGAACGAACAAGAAGAUGCCGCCUCUAAGAGGGUCGAGACAGUGUGUAACAGGUUGAUGAUGGAAGUUAGUUCUUUGCUCUCGUCGGAUGAGAACGCUCGGCUACAAAACUCACUUACAAAUUUGGCGGACGAGGCAAGUGAAGCUUGGCGUGAGAUAUGUUGCUUUACAGAGGCUGUCGCACCAUCAUUCGAAAUAGUGCAAUUCACUGAGUGGUCCUGGAACAGCUUGACAUACAAGGCGGGCCGCCUAGUGAUUGAUGAGCAAGCACAACAAGCUGGCGAUAACCGAGAGCAAAUCGUAUUCGUCGUCUUCCCACGACUAUACGCGAUCUACGAUGGAGAAAGACACCCUGAGACUCACGGCGUUCUCUUCAUGUGGUCCGAAGCGCAGGCGGCCAUGAGGGAUGUGGCGCCUGUCCUACUGAGCUCACGUCAAGGAAGAAGCGAUUCUACUCGGUCCCGACUUCAUUCUCGGAAGCCGUCUACAGGUGUAGCAUCUGAUCAUACGCACUCUGGAAGACAGUCUUUUUUAGGUCCCUUGGCCAACGGGCAAUGA